UUUUCUUUUUAAUUAAAAAAGGAAAAAAGAACGUUUGUUCCACGUUUCCCGUCGGACGGAGAAAGACGAAGGACACAACGCAGCCCGACUGAACCACCGACGGAAUAAACGCGUCGGACCGAAGGAGCCUCCCCGGAGAAUGGGGGUCACUCCCUCUCCUCUGCCCGAGAGAGCCAUUUACGGCUUCGUCCUUUACCUCGGCUCACAGUUUGGCUUCUUUCUGUAUUGCCUGUGGGCCUUCAUACCAGAGGAGUGGCUUCACGCCGUAGGGCUCACGUACUGGCCUCAAAAAUAUUGGGCGCUUGCUGUACCGAUCUAUCUUCUGGUUGCAUUAGUGAUCACUGUGGUGUUGCUGUUCGGAGUGAACAUGAGCAACACGGCUCCACUGCACUCCCUGGACAACAUCACAGAUGUGUACGCUCAAGGCCAGAGGACAGCAGACGGCCAGAAGGGAGGAAUACCCAGACUAAAGGAUGUUUCCAUCAGCGAAGUCAACAAAAUGUUCUAUUUGUCGCCGGAGUCCUAACUAACAGGAAGUGACCUGCAUGCAAUUUCUGCUUUUAUUUAAUUGUCCAGGAUUGAUGCCACAUGGGGAAAUGAUUUACUGAAAUAAUUGACUGUCUCUAACCGUUUGAUAUGCUCUGUGUGUGUGUUAAUGAAAUAUGUAACACAAUAUUAACACGGUAACAAUUGGAUGUAUAUUGGAUGAUCAAGCAAGUUUUACUCAAUAAAUUAUACUUUUUUUA